AUGGUUACAACUUCAUGCCUAGCUGCUGAUACCGAUUGCCCACCUUUGGAUGCUGCCGACAAUCUUUCGCAGACGCAAUUAAUUGAGCGGCUCACACAUGGUUGGCGCUACGAUCGCCUGGAACGACCAGUUAGCUAUACUGAAUCAGGUGGUGCCCGCCUACCAAUCGAUGUUUAUGUGCGCGCUUAUAUAUACUUUAUGCAAAAUUUGGAGGCACAUGAUUUUCAAUUUAAAAUACAUGUGCUGCUCCAGUUGCGUUUUAUAGCUCCACGGUUAACGUUUCGCAACGUAGCACCUAACCGAAGACAACCGAUUUUGGGGGAAAAGCAAUUACGUGACACGCUCUGGAUGCCACAUAUACUUUUGGCAAAUGGAAGGGAUUCAAGUCUGCUAGGCACAAAUGCAAAAGAUAUAUUGACUUCAAUUUCGCUUGAUGGCACUGUAAUAAUCUCAUCGCGCGUAAAAGCGACACUUUACUGCUGGAUGAAUCUGCAGAAAUUCCCUUUUGACAAAUAUCAAUGUAGUACUAUACUAGAGAGUUGGAUGUACAAUACCUCGGAACUGGUGUUGCAUUGGGAACAAAAGCUGCCAAUUACAUUUGAUCCGGCAUUACACUUGACUGAAUACGUGCUAACGGGGUCUGGUCCAAUGAAUGGUUUACGACAUGGCGCUAGUGCUGGAAAUUAUAGUUCACUUAGCUUUUCCGUGCAUUUUACGCGUGAAGUUGGCUUCUAUAUAAUGGAUUACUUUUUGCCCUCAAUGUUAAUUGUAGCCAUUUCGUGGGUAUCAUUUUGGUUACAAGCUGAUCAAGCACCUCCACGCAGGUAG